GUAAGCUCUUCACCAUAUUGGCCGGCUAAUACUCGGAAGAAUGAUAGUUGACCUCCGCAUUCAGUUGUUGCUUGCAAGUUUGUGGCGCAUGGUAGUAAACCCUACGACUCAUCGCAACCGACGUCGCACUCCGGAGGCUUUGUCUGCUGUCAACAGGGCAGGUCACUGAAUCUUCUACUGACCUGGUGCGCUGCAAAUGGAUUCUCCAGCCGUCACACGCAUAUUCCAGCAGCUCUUCGCCAGACCGUCUCGGAAAUGCCUUCAUACCGCGAAUGCAGCUCGACGCUGUGCAGGCCCGUCAAUCGGCCAGUAUAGACCAUACUCUGCACGGCGCUCAGACACUCUCAGAGAUGGAGGCAGCUCAUGGCAACAAAGAAUCGAUGCCUUUCCAAAGGACAUGAGUCGCCAACUGAAGGAAUACCCUCGAGUCACAGCACGCGACCUCCAGCACCGCACCCAACGACCUCGGAGGGUCAAAAUGUAUACUCGAGAGUUCAUCGAAGACAGCCUAUACAAUCCCAACUACGGCUACUUCACGAAACAUGCAACCAUUUUCAACGCCAGCCAACCUUUCCACUUUCCCUCCAUCAAAGACGGGUCAGAAUUCAACCGUCUAGUCGACCAAAGCUACAUCGACUUCGAAGACGCCCUCGACGCAAUCCAUGAAGACGAGCUACGCCAGCUCUGGCACACUCCCACCGAACUCUUCCGACCAUACUACGGCGAAGCCAUCGCCCGCUACCUCGUCACGAACUACAAAAUGACCCUCUUCCCCUACCACGACCUGAUAAUAUACGAGCUGGGCGCGGGCAACGGCACUUUAAUGCGCAAUAUCCUGGACUGGAUCUUCGAGAACGAGCCCGAAGUCUACGAACGCACAAAAUUCAAGAUCAUAGAAAUUUCCAAGUCGCUAGCCGACCUGCAAAUGACCAGCCUCGACCGGUCGCCCUACGCAGAACUACAUCGGGACCAAACGCAGAUCAUACACCGCUCCAUAUUCGACUGGAACGAGUACGUCCAUUCGCCGUGUUUCAUCCUCGCGCUCGAAGUCAUCGACAACUUCCCGCACGACUCUAUACGGUACGAUCCCGACACCGAAGAACCGCUACAAGGUUCCGUCUUGAUCAACGAAGAUGGCGAAUUCUUCGAGUUUUACGACCGCAACCUCGACCCCGUGGCGCAACGCUAUCUGCUUAUCCGCGAAGUCGCUGCUCGCUCACCCUUUGUUACGCCCGUCUCACAACCGAAAUUCCUACGUCAAUUACGCCAUUCGCUCCCACUGGCGCCUAACCUGACGAAACCAGAGUACAUACCGACACGGUUGAUGGAGUUCUUCGACGUCCUCCAUAAGUAUUUCCCGGCGCACCGUUUGGUGUUGUCGGACUUCGAUUACCUGCCCGACGCUGUGGCCGGGAUCAACGCGCCGGUCGUGCAGACAAGGUAUCAGCGGCGAAACGUGCAGGUCACGACGCCGUACGUGCAGCAGGGGUAUUUUGACAUCUUCUUCCCCACCGACUUUGCUAUGAUGGAGGACAUUUAUCGCGCUAUCACGGGGAAAUUGACACGCGUCUCGUCGCACAAGUCCUUCAUGGAAAGCUGGGCCUAUGUGGAAGAGACGCAGGUUCGAAAUGGCGAGAACCCUAUGUUGAGUUGGUAUGCGAAUGCUAGUAUGAUGACUACCGUAUGAGGAAGGCAGACACGGGAACACCCACAAUGACCAUGUCAUGAUAGUCGCUCAAUGGCUUUUAUUCAUGACAUAGUCUAGACCAUGGGCAAAGAUACCACUUUUGAUACUCAUCAAGAGUGUCCACCACCUGGACGAAGCUUACCAUGUAGCUUAGCCUUGCACUCUGAAUGUCCUACCGCUUGCGGUCUUCCUUUCUCGUUCCUCCGUCUCCGGUCUUGCGCGAUUGAGCACUAUAUCUUCGAUCAGCACUAUGCCCUCGAAACUAGGGACACAAAAAG